AACCAAACGGCAACUGUAAUAGCGUUGUGUUCAAUGAGAGAUUUCAAUUUGUAUCAAGAAACAUGUCAGUUGGCAAUCAGAGAUGUUGGAGGACUUGAAGUGCUGAUUAAUUUACUUGAUACUGAAGAAAUCAAAUGUAAGAUUGGUUCAUUGAAAAUCCUGAAGGAAAUAAGCCAGAAUUCACAGAUCAGACGGACAAUUGCUGAUCUUGGAGGCUUACAAAUCAUGGUGAAGAUACUUGAUUCUCUUGAUAAAGAUUUGAAAUGUUUGGCAGCUGAAACAAUAGCUAAUGUGGCCAGAUUCAAACGAGCACGAAGAACAGUCAGGCAGCAUGGUGGAAUCAAGAAACUAGUUGGCCUGUUGGGCUGCAGAACGACGGGAUCAGCACAUCCCACGCCACUUCAGGGAAAAGAUAUUGAGGUAGCACGCUGUGGGGCUUUGGCGCUCUGGAGCUGUAGCAAAAGCGCCAGGAAUAAAGAGGCCAUACGCAAAGCUGGGGGCAUCCCCCUGCUGGCUCAGUUGCUGAAGUCUCCUCAUUCAAAUAUGUUAAUCCCUGUGGUGGGGACAUUGCAGGAGUGUGCCUCUGAGCCGAGCUACAGAAUUGCAAUAAAAAACGAGAAGAUGAUUGAAAACCUUGUGAAAAACCUGAACAGCGAUAAUGAGGAACUUCAAAUGCAUUGCGCUAGUGCCAUCUUUAAGUGUGCUGAAGAUCAGGAAACACGUGACCUCGUUAGACAGCAUGGCGGCCUGAAACCCCUUGCUGCUUUACUUGCGAAUUCUGAAAACAAAGAACUUCUUGCAGCAGUGACAGGAGCAAUCUGGAAGUGUGCUAUUAGCAAAGAAAAUGUGACCAAAUUCAGGGAGUACAAAGCAAUAGAAGCUUUGGUUGGCCUGCUGACAGACCAGCCAGAAGAAGUCCUUGUAAACGUUGUUGGAGCAUUAGGGGAAUGUUGUCAAGAACAAGCCAAUCGGACCAUCAUCCGGAGAUGUGGUGGCAUUCCAUCUCUGGUUGCUUUACUCACUGGAACCAAUCAGGCUCUUCUUGUCAAUGUUACCAAAGCAGUGGGAGCUUGUGCAACAGAACCUGAAAAUAUGGUAAUAAUUGAUCGCUUGGAUGGUGUUCGCUUGUUGUGGUCUUUGUUGAAAAAUCCUCAUCCAGAUGUUCAGGCAAGUGCAGCCUGGGCUAUCUGUCCUUGUAUUGAAAAUGCAAAGGAUGCUGGUGAAAUGGUCCGUUCAUUUGUCGGUGGUUUGGAGUUGAUAGUCAAUUUAUUAAAAUCAGAUAAUAAAGAAGUUCUAGCCAGUGUAUGCGCUGCUAUCACCAACAUAGCAAAAGAUGAAGAAAACUUAGCCGUUAUAACAGAUCAUGGCGUUGUUCCUUUGUUGUCGAAACUAGCAAACACAAAUAAUGACAAAUUAAGAUGUCAUUUGGCAGAUGCCAUUUCUCGCUGUUGUAUGUGGGGAAAUAACAGAGUUGCCUUUGGAGUCACCAAAGCUGUUGCCCCUUUAGUACGUUACCUGAAAUCAAGUGACCCAGCAGUUCAUCGAGCUACUGCACAAGCCCUCUAUCAGCUCUCGGAGGAUCCCAACAAUUGCAUCACUAUGCAUGAAAAUGGAGUGGUAAAGCUUCUGCUGGGCAUGGCAGGCUCUACAGAUGAAACGCUUCAGGAAGCAGCAGCCGGUUGCAUAGCAAACAUUCGCAGGUUGGCUCUAGCUACAGAGAAAGCAAAGUAUGGUUGA